AUGGGCCGCAGAGCUGAGGAGAUGUUCCUGAUGGUGGGGGAGGUCUCGGAGAAGGUCAUCUUCAUUCAUGACAGCCUGUCGGAGCUGGACUCUCAGCUGGGUCAGCUCCAGGACCUUUCUGCUCUGGCUGUGGACACCAUCACUCUGCUCUCUGCGUCUGACAGCCUGCACCAGGAGGCCCGCCUGGCUCAAUGUCGAGUCAUCACAUCGUCCCCGCUUAUCCUCCCUCACAGCUUGACCCUCCCACACAGAGGUGGAGCAGACCUUGAUGCACUUAAUAUGUGUCGAGUGAUGCCCAAGUCGUGUAAAAGUACCCUGCCUUCUUUGCUGAAGGGCCAUGGCCUUGUGGCGAGUAGACUGGCAUCCCAGGAGAGCAGGGGAGGCAGACAAGGACACACUGAGAAGGGAGAGGAAGAAGCAAAGCAGGAUCCACAGACUGCUCCUGCUCAACGUCCGCCUGAGAACGACCUGGGAGUUUCUAAACCGGCGUCUCUUUCUUCCUUCUCUCACCUCUAUGGAGGCGGAGUUAAUCUGGGUAGAUUGAGGGAUCAGACCCCCUGUGAGUCAAUCGGACCGCCGCACUGCGGGUCUCCUCUUGCUCCCAGAGGCCUGGAGUCACCGCAUCAUAAACUCUCGACAUGUGACCCAUACCUGUAUCGCAGUCAAGAAGAACCUUACGUGGAAGAGGAGGAAGAAGAGGGAGAAGGAGAGGAGGAAAGGACACAUGAACAACUCUCUAAUAUAGAAGUAUCCAGGGGAUCUAGCAACGCUGUCCUUCUGUCUGACCCACGAGAAGUCUCUGAGGGUUUGGUGAAUCCCGCCUUUUCUCUGGACGUUAGCCAACCGAGUUCUCGGCCCAGACCUUACAGCCAGUGGGGCCGACCUGUGAAAUCUUCCAGGUGGGCGUGUCUGUCCAGAGACCGUCCCUACGGGUACUGCAGGUCUCUGUCCUCCAGCGUGGAGAACAUGACUUUCUCAGGCGCACCUCAGAGACGAAGGAGGGGGUCAUUCCCUACUCUAGACGAACCAAUCAGCAAAGAGAGUCUGUCUGAUGGGAGGAGGUUUAGUGAUGAAACAUCGCUACGAAGCAGUAUGAGCAGAGAGUGGUCCAAGUCAUCUGACUUCCUUCAAGACUGCAGAGGCAAAAACCAGAACAAGAAGACAGUGAAGAUACAAGAGAGCGCUCCAAACACGUCCCAUUUGUCUGAGACCUGCUGGAGAAGGGGCCGAAGAUUUAGAGGAGAAUCUACAUGUUGGUUGGCUUCAACCAGCCUCAAUCAGCUCACAGCUGGACCAUGUCGGCAUGAAGCCAUUAAGGCAGGAGCCUGGGUGUAUGACGCUGACGCGGUGCCCAUACCUGUUCAGCUCAUGCGGGCACCCAGGACAUUCACUGGGACCCCAGACAACGCCAGCAUGGGAAACUUCGUAAUAUGUAUGCUAAUACACCGUAUUGCUCAGAAUAUCAUCAAGUCUCACCUGGAGACGUGUCAGUACACAACAGAGGAGCUGCAGCAGCUAGCCUGGCAGACACACUCCUACGAAGAGGUCAAAAUGUUCCAGGGCAAGCCCCGGGACGUGCUGUGGCAGCAGUGUGCCAUCCAGAUCACCCAUGCCAUCCAGUAUGUGGUGGAGUUUGCAAAGCGCAUCUCGGGGUUCAUGGAGCUGUGCCAGAACGACCAGAUCCUCCUGCUCAAGUCAGGUUGUUUGGAGGUAGUCUUGGUGCGGAUGUGCAGGGCAUUCAACCCUCUCAACAACACUGUGCUCUUUGAAGGGAAGUACGGCGGCAUGCAGAUGUUCAAAGCUCUAGGUUGCGAUGACUUAGUGAGUGCCGUGUUUGACUUUGCCAAGAGUUUGUGUGCACUGCAGCUGACAGAGGAGGAGAUCGCUCUGUUCUCGGCAGCCGUACUCAUUUCCACAGAUCGGCCUUGGUUGAUGGAGCCUCGGAAAGUCCAGAAGCUCCAGGAGAAGAUUUACUUUGCUCUGCAGCACAUUAUGCAGAAGAACCACAUGGACGAAGAUGCACUGGCAAAGCUGAUCAGCCGAAUUCCAACGUUGUCAGCCCUGUGCACGCUCCACACCGAGGAGCUCCAGGCCUUCCAGCAGCUCCACCCAGAAACAGUCAACGUCCUAUUCCCUCCGCUCUACAAAGAACUGUUCAACCCUGACCCCAACUCUGGGGUCAUGGCCAUGCCCAAGUGACUGCCUGUGGUCCCAAUGCAAGAAACGGCAUCAGCGGAGGACCAACAAAAUGAGAAGACAGACACGUCUGACGAGACGUCAUCAGCCAUGGCGACUAUGUCCUCAUCGUGGCAAUCACAUAUUCCUGAGCUCCCUAAGCCUCAUUACGAGCAGGGGGGUGAGGAGCUACCUGCCAGGAACUCACAGUUACCGCCAACAAUACUAGGAAUGUCCAGCACUUAUUCCAUCCUGUUCACCGAUACAGUCUGAAGAAUGUAUAUAUAAAUGAAACGCGCCCCAAGCCACAAUUUAAGUGGGGCUUCCUCCCGUCUCCUGAACUGACUGACUGACCAGAAAUGUACAGACUUUAAAACAUCUAGGAACAAUUUUAACCUGUCAAUCUUUAAAAAAAAAUGGGUAAGUUAAUUUGUUUUACCUUUGAAAAAAAUCCUUUUGGUUUGUUCUUUUAUUUUCGAGUGAAGAAUUGUGACGCUGGACGGGGGAGGGACCUGUGGAUUUAGAGAAGCUAUUGUAGAUAUUCUUCUAGUGCAGAGCGGAUUCCAGUAUUACUUCGUGUUCUGUUCAAAUAAGUUAGUCCUAAUUUAACUAUACAGCAGUCCACUGUGGCUGACUAUACCUUGUCUAUGUGUUUUUAUUUUAUUUGAUAGUUUCUUGUGUACAGAAUUUGUAAAGUUGAGACUUGUAAAAGAAUAUUGGGUAAAACCAGGAGACGAUUCGGAUUGUGUUGAUAUAUAGAAGCCUUGUCUGGAUUUUGUUCAUAUGUAAAGAAGGUACUGCAUCCUUCUGAUGAGAACUUAUAGAAAUGUAAAGAGAGCAUAUGAAGGAUUUAAAAAGAAAAAUAAUGGCUAUUACUUUUCAAGGUGAAGAUAUAUACAUAAAUAUUCUAUUUUGCAAGAAAAAAUAAUCUGGCAGUUUUGCCAUCCUAUCAAUCAUUUUCUUCUCGCUGCAAUAAUUACGUCCAAUGAAAGAUGGACUGCUUUCGAACAAUCAACCAGAAACAACCAAUCAGAAACUAGGACCUCACAAUCAACCCCACCCUUUCCCAAAUUCCCCUUACCCCGCCCCUUAUUUCUUAUGUAUUACGUCCGUGACAUAAGAUUUCAGCCAAUAGAAGUGGCUAGAAAUCACAAUGAAGAAGUGGAUAGAAGUUCCACCAAAAAAAUAAGACAAGCUUGAAUUCAACUUUUCAAUCUUAAAAAAACCUGUAUGAGUGCUGGAUGCCCUCCAAUCACUAUUUGCACAAAUCAGUCCGUGGAUGUCAAUCACUUCGGCCUGAGAGUAUGAAGGACCCUUUUUUCUCUAAAGAGCAAUAAUAACUUUCCACUGCCUUUCUGAUCCCUCCUUUUCCUUCUCUUCCUAUUUCCAGCUGUUCAAAACAGGGUAGCAGUUUUAAAUAGAUUGCACUAUAUUUGGUCCUUUAUUAUGUUAUAAUCAUCUUUAUUGAUGUUACUCAUUCCACCGCAGCAUCUGCAGUGUUUUUAAUGUGACGUAACAGGAUCUGGGGUUAGGACACAACGCAGAGCACUGAAAA